GGCAGCGCGGCCCGACGGCAGGCGCAGAGAGCUGACGGCCGCGGCGACGGCAGCACCAUGCGGUCACAGCGGUGCGCGCGGCUCCAGCUCCUCGUGAUGUGGCUGGUGACAGCGGCCAGCACCGCCGAACAGAGGAAGACCUACGACGGACACCGCGUGUACGAUGUGGCCGUGGCCAACCGGAGCCAGGCCUCGCAGAUCCGGCAGCUGGUUGACGACGGUGGCUUCGAGCUGUGGGACGACAAAGGAGGCUCGUCCGGCUGGUUGCAGGUCCAGGUCGGACCCGACGACGUCCCACGACUGGAGAGCGCCCUCAACACCAGCGAGGUGCCGUUCCGACUCCGAAUAGCCGACGUCCAGAGCAUCAUCGACUCGCAGCAGUCGGAGAAUGAGGCUCACCGCGCCGGAGGCCGCGCAAAAGAUCUCCUGAGAGACGGUUCAGGAAACUCCAGUAGCCGUGCCAUGCGAAAACUGAACGCCUUCCCGGGUUUCGGCACCAACGCCGACAAUCGAAGAGGCCGUCUGGACAGCGGAAGUGACAGAGACGGCGCUGAAUUAGAAACCAACAGCAUCUACGAUGAAGAAGACGAUGACUCUGAUAUCGACGGGUUCAACCUGGGCGCCUACCACCGUUUCUCCGACAUCGAGGCGCUGCUGCGGCGACUGCCAACGCGGUUCCCCGACCACAUCACCCUGCACGUGAUCGGUCGGACCCACGAGGGACGACCUCUGUACCUAGUACGGCUGAGGGAGGACGUCAGCGCGCCGGCCACCAAGCCAGUGAUGUGGAUUGACUGCGGCGUGCACGCACGAGAGUGGAUCUCGCCGGCCAUCUGUCUGUACACCAUCGGCCGUCUGCUGGCUGGCGACCAGGGCUGGCUAACCAAGUACGACUGGCACCUAGUGCCAGUGAUGAAUCCGGAUGGCUACGAGUAUUCGCACACGCAUGAUCGUCUCUGGCGCAAGAACCGACGUCCAGUCAACUACUGCACUGGUGUGGAUCUCAACCGAAACUUCGCGGCGCGCUGGGGCACGUUCGGCGUGACGUUUCUCGAGUGCGGCCUAACGUUCCCCGGCUACCGGCCGUUCUCAGAGCUCGAGAGUCGCGCCGUGCGUGACGCCGUGCUCCGCGACCGGCGCCGUAUCGCCGCCUUCAACUCGAUCCACUCGUACGGCCAGCUGUGGCUGCUGCCCUACGGCUACAGCUGGUUCGCCAGCAAGGACAUCGGACGUCAGCGCCGCGUGGGACGCGCCGCCACGCGCGCCAUGCGUGCCGUCAACGGCGUGCCGUACCGGUACGGCAUCUCGUCGCGCGUGCUGUACCUGGACAGUGGUACCAGUACCGACUGGGCGUACCGCGCCGGCGUUCGGCACAGCGUGGCCAUCGAGGCGCGCGACAAGGGCUUCUACGGGUUCCUGCUGCCGCCGCGCCUCAUCCUGCCGACGGCUCGCGAGGUCUGGGCCGGUCUGGCCCAGCAGGCAAGGAUGCUGGCCCGCUGAGCCCCACAUCAUGUCACCAGUCAGCAAGUCCGGUCAGCAGUCAGCAGGAUCAACCAACAGCCAGCAGAGCAGUUUGCGCUCAGCGGUGGAGCUAACGCAUUCAAUAUCAAUGCUGAGCUCACUCUGCCCUUACAAAAAGAGCGUUAUCUAUGUGUACACGAUCGCGGUGAGACGAUCUCAUCGAAAACAGGUUUAGUGCGGCUCAGAAACGGGUCAACCUUCAGAGUUUGGUAGCUCAGUGAGUUCCAGCGGACUCUGUCAAUUUAACCCGCCCAUAAUGCGCUCGACACUUGCCAUCUAGUUGUAGCCGGUGUCCGUUGAGUCUCGAACGCCACGAAAGCUCACAAUGGCCGUCCUCAGGGUAUGGUCUGCGACCAUAGCGAAGAGCGCUACGUCUCAGAAGGCGGCGCUUUGUCUCUAGUCAGCGUCGAAAAGCAUGUGACCGGUGAUGUCACAGGCCUGUGGUUUGUGACCGACCCGUUCGCAUUCUGUUCUCAAUGUGUCAAUACAUGUGUUAUGUACGUAUAUUCAAUACUGUAUAACUCAACAAAUGGUCAUGCAAUCUAUAUGACUGACCAAAAGAAAA